UCCUUCUUUACCAAUCUCAAUUCUCUCUCCGAUUCCUGCCCAGCUUUCCGAGCGCCAUAACCGUCCGCCGCCGCACGGCGAGUCAGAAUGGACUCAGACAUCAAAACAGUUGAGCAAAGAUUGAAGUCUUUCACCAGUCAGCUUCACACAGAAUGUGGAAUUCUUGAGAGACUCGUGUAUAAACACAAGAAUCAGCAUCGAAGAUCCUCAUAUUUUCAAUACAUUCUUAAGGUAAGAAGGGAUCUGCAGCUUUUGAAAUCACUUAACCUGGAUGAGGUAUUGGAAUCCUCUUUUCUGGUGAUAAAUGGAGACAGGCCAAAACAAAAGGUUCAGCUUUUGGAAGGUUUGAAGAGAAGAAAAACUAACAGUGGAAAAUAUAAUUUCCUGGAAAGGCUUUUGGGAGUUACCCGUCUAUUGUCACAGAUUGUUGAGCCUUUGUUGAAGGCGGCUAUAGAGAUAUCCAUGCUUCUUGCUCGGUCAUUUUUCAUGAAGUUUUCACUGGUGGUUUUGGCUGUGCUUGCACGUGUUCGCGUACUGGUUCAACAAAUGCUUCUUGAUGCUGUUCUUCUAUACAACACUGUUUCUUCUCUUUCUCAAAAGGAACAAAGUAUUAAACUAAAACAAGAAGGAUUUGAGGUCUUUAGAGAAUAUUUUCCAAGAAAGGAGGAAGCCAAGAUUUUACUAGAGUGCAUUUGGCAGAAAGAUAAGUUUGUCUUAGUUGAGACGACCCACAAAAGUGAGGCCACUGGUGAAGAGAAGGAUGAGCGAGGAGAUAUCUCAUUGAGCACUCAGCAAAUACUAUAUGAGAACAUUGAGGUUAUACUUGGAGUUGAUGAUUCUGGGGCUGCAGCAUCUGUACUUCCUGCAACCGAUACAAACAAUGUUGAAGAAAACUACAGUGGUGCUGCUGGAUUGAAAAAAGAUGAGAAGAAUGUUCCAGAAGCUUCAGAUAUGGCUCCAUCUUCUUCUGCAAAUAUAGUUUCCUUAGAAGAUGUAUUCACCAAUUCAUCAGCUGGAUCGUUCUCUGACACAAACAGAAAUAAGUCAGCUGGAGAUGUUUCAUGCUCCAAAUCAGAAGUCACUUGCACAGAAACUAGCCUGCCUGCUAUUUCAACCACAUCGACCCUUUCAAGACGAGUCAAAAAGGAAACAAGUAAGAAGGUUGCUUUUGUAGCUGUUAAACAACCCGCCCCAUCAACUACAGAUCAAUCGAGGUUUCCUCUAAAAGGCACAGAGAGGAACAGUAAUGAUCUAUUUUUCAAUCUCCUUACUGGUGGGAACAAGAGUGGUCUGUUGUAAGUAAUAGUGACCUUUCAGAGUUGAGAUCGGAGCAGCUGACAAGUAACUUGUUCGCAAAUUUUGGAUAUGAUCCUCGGAAGUCUUGGAUGUCCUCUUGCCGAACCAUUUAGCUUUUUUACAACUAAGGAUGGAUGCUGUGUAUGCUGGCCUGGCCUUAAGGAUUCCUGUUCUUUUAACACCCUCAGAAAGUCAGAAUAUUUGUUCAGUGUAGAUAAAAUCUGAUAAAUUGUUUUUGGUUCAAAUAUAGAACUUUAUUUAAGAUAUUAUUGAUAUAUCUUUACUGUUAUUGAUAAAAGAUACUGAAAAAAAUGCAUAUUCAUUAUUUCAA